AUGGACGAUGACGAGAGAGCCACGGACUUGGCGGUCCACGAACCAUCUCAUCGCACGCGAUCAGGCAGCGCAAGUAGCGGCCACAAACGAAGCCUUUCCGGCUCCCUCCUCUCGAGACUUUCCUUCCUUCGCGUGAACCAGGCAACCCACACCUCCCUGGACCGACACAACCCAGAUAUGGAUCACGAUGGCGACGAAGACCUCCACUCCGGUAUGCCACAGAGUACAGGCAAAGGGGGAACAGCCAGCAGCCGGGCAAUGUCUGCCGCGCUUGCACAACAUCGAACGCGUCGCCGCCGUGGCUCCCUCCGCAAAACCGCAUUGUUAGGCACCAGGCUCGAAUCACGCGACAAAAGAGUGACCGCUAAAGCCACCGAAGCCCUCGAAGCCCUCCGCGCAGAACCCAACCGACUCCCCGCUGCCGACCUACAAGCGACUAUAAAACUAAAAGAUCAGAUCCUCUCCGAUAAUGGGCCUACACGUUACUCGCCGCGCGAGAGCGAGGCCUUUGACGACCGCGACAAUACCCAACAGCCAGCCUGGUUCAGCGCGGCAAAUACCCAGAAACCCAUCCGAUCCGCAAUAAGUCGCCGACGCCAGGGCCUUGCACAGCACAAUCUCCAAGAACCAGGCACUGACGACGAGGACCUCGUCUCCUUCCCUCGCCUCCACUCGAAUCCAAAUCCCACGGCGGCGGGCGCGGGCACCAGCCCCAAGAUCGGCUCUACAGCCGGUUUACACAUUUCCCCACCAUCCUCCAGCUCAGGUUCUUUCUAUCCGCUUCAACCUCAGCCUGAACCGGCAUACCUACCCGUCCACCGGCACAAGUCCUCCCCCCUGGUCACACAUCCGGUUGAAAUGAAGAGCAGUCCCGAUGUGGACGUGGACUACUCCGAGACCGAGUGGUGGGGCUGGAUUAUACUGAUUGUGACGUGGCUGGUCUUUGUUGUGGGCAUUGGAAGCUGCUUUGGGGUUUGGAGCUGGGCUUGGGAUGUCGGGGAGACGCCCUAUGCGCCGCCUGAGUUGGAAGAUGAUCCUACUUUGCCGAUUGUCGGCUAUUAUCCUGCACUUAUCAUUCUCACAGCUGUCAUGUCUUGGGUUUGGGUUGUUGUCGCAUGGGUUGGUAUGAAGUACUUCAAGCAUGCUAAUAUAUCCGGGGAUGAUAUUUGA